AGUUAACAUCUCCGCAAGAGUUUACUGGAGCAAAAAUUUCAUUGAUUCAGAAGAAAAUUGCUAUCAUUAUUUCUCGGUACAAGACUAUCAUCCAGCGUUGGACCAACUGUUUAUCAUGCAUCUCCGGCGCUCACUGUACGAGGGCUACAAAACCGCCCACAACAAGCUCUUCAGCGUCAAAAAUACAAGCGACUUUCAGGCCACAGGCCGACUCACUCCCAAAGAAUUCGUUGAGGCAGGCGACGAGCUUAUUCAGAAAAACCCAGUCUGGCAGUGGGUGGGUGGACCCGACCAUGUUCAGGACUAUCUUCCAGACGACAAAAAGUGUCUCGUGUACCGCGGCGCGCCGUGUGCUGAGCGCGCCCCUGUGGCUCAGACAGAUGCUCCUGUCGAGACCGUGGACGAAGACGGUUUUGUCGUUACGGAGGCUCCGAAAGCAGCCCUUCCCACAACAGCAGUGGAGGAAGAAAAGGUGCUGAAUUGGGACGACGAGGAUUCCGCCUCCGAUGAUGAAGACGUGGUGACCACCACACCGGACAGCUCCUCUAACUUACGCGUGUAUGACGUGUACAUCGUAUACGACAAAUACUACGAAACCCCUCGCAUGUAUUUGGUUGGAUAUGCUAGCGACCAUGUAACUCCUCUUACAACCGACCAGAUGAAACAAGAUGUUUACUGCUCAAACUACGGGAAAACCGUCACAAUUGAUCCACAUCCCGUGUUGUCUAUACCUUGCAUUAGCAUCCACCCUUGCCGCCACGCUGAAACGAUGUGCAGCCUCAUGUGUCGAAUGCAACAAUACUACGAAAACGAAAAAGGUGAAGAGGCAAGAAGAAAUCCUUUUAUUUUCCCUGCACAUUUGGCAUUGCUUCUUUUUCUGAAAUUCAUUUCCACUGUUUUGCCUACAAUUCAAUACGAUAUAUCAUCCGGUUUUGAUUUGAUUUAA